GGGCCCAUCCCGUCUGCUUAGCUCGGGUGGGGGUACCUUUUUCCGGUCGCGGCCUGGCGUGGGGGCAUAAAAAAAGUGGUCAAUCGAGACGUGUACGCUGCGUGUGUAUCUGCCCCCCGAGAGAAGAAGUCCUUGCCUCCUCGCGAAUGGAGAGUGCAAACAGUCUGAGCCCUAGGCGACUUUCCGCCAUUGGAGCGAGUCAAAAGUCGCGGCGACAGUCUUACGCGGGGCAGUCUCUCUCUCAGGACUCGGCUCCUCCCGGCGGCCAGCUGAAGCGGGUGCCCACGGUGAGCGGACCGGUGUCUGCCUUGGACAACCUACAGAUGUAUCGGCUCGACGCUAACCACCGGGGCUCGAGCUCCAGCGCCUCCCGGCGCACCAGCCGCAACGAGGAUGCAUUCACCUGUUCGCAGCAGAGCAUCCUCAGCGCCAUGGAUCGGUUCGUCAGGUCCGUGAACAACAUGGAUGCCACGGUGCUGGUGCCGUCGAGGCUGCGCGACAUGGACCUCACCGACAAGGCGGGUCGGGCGCCGCCGGCCAACCUGAUGCAGACGGACCUUUACUCCUUCUACAACAUGCUCAACGACGUCAAGAACGAGCUGCUGUGGGGGCCUAGCGCGGCCGCCACCUCCGCCGUGGUGCCGCUGACCGGGGCGCUGCUACGGCCGCCCCCGAAGCACACGCGGCAGCCCUCGGACGAUAGCCUCGGGUCCACGGGAUCCACGUCCGACACCGACUCGGACGUCGACAGCGUGGUCACGGACCGCGACGGGCUCGAGCAGAGCCUUCACCUGGCCGCCGCCUUCAGGCAUCACCUGCAGGGCCUCCACGCCAUCCUGCAUCAGCUCGCCGACUCGGCCGACUACCUGGCGUGCAGGUAUCAGGAGGAAGUUGACGCAUCAGCGCUCUGAUCCACCCUUCGACGACAUCGCGGUGGUGGUGCGCGUCGGGACCCACAGGCCACAACGGGAUACUAUACAGUGCUCCAUCGUCGCCGCUCCGAACGAUGUUUUUACAGUGUGCUCGCUUUCCGCCGACUCCCGCCGCCCCAAAAGAUCGAGCAAGAGGAAAAUUUGCCGUCUUCCCCCACGCCCACCCCUGCGAAACAGGGACGUCUAAAUCACAAGUGUAAAGAAACUGUCUUCGUUUGCUCGGUUUUUUCUUUCCUUUUUUUCUGUUCUUUUUUUUUUUCUUGCCAUGACACGUGGAGGACGCGACAGGUCUGCCUCUUGUUUGUGCCAGUUUCGGUUUUACGGCCGAAUCCACGGCUCGUCGCCGCGCGCUCAGAUUCGAGCUGCCGCGUUCUGUGAUCAGCUCUGUUUAUGCAAGUUUUGAUUCGGCCUUCCUGAAGCUGCAUCGUGGCGCAAAAAAACUUUGUUUCCCCCCUAUCAUCCCCCCGCCACUUAGUGCGGCUGGUAUGUCUGUCAGGUUACCCACGAAACGUUAUCUUCGUUGCAAAGCGCCGAGUCUCUGUCUGUCCGCCCCGAUGUUGCACGGUGCAAGAUCCCUCCAUCACGAUAUCGUCCCUUAUAUGCGGUGCUCGGAAUAAGGGGGCACGUAGAAUGCGUAGCGGGAAGUUUUCGUUUUCCGGGUGAACCUGGCAAGACUCCGCAAAAAUGGCUGCGGGAGGUCCCGUAUGUGGGCCAGUAGUGUGUUAACUUAUUUCGCUGCGCCUCGCGCUUUUCGGCGGCCAGAUCGCCCGAAGCUUGUUUCUUGUCACGACUUUUUUUUUUUCCUUGUCAUUUUUUUUAUGUAUCUGAGAGAGUAGAACCGAUCGUAACAGUUAGCUCACAGCCCGCGAUGCACACACACUUGAGCGUCCGCUGCCAAAUUUAGACUUGCACGAAGCGCCUUUUGCAGUCCCAUGUCUUGCCACAUUUGCAUUUAACCGUACUUUCACGAGUUUUGUAAUUUUUCACGUGAUAGGGAAGGCGUUUCUUCGUUAUCUGGCGCGGCAAAAGUUCGAAUAAUGUAAUCUGAAAACGUCUAACAUUCCAAGCUGCUGCUGCAUUCGUCGCUAACUGCUGUAUGGGAGAAUACUCACGAUCGAGUUUUUUUUUUUUUUUUCGCGGCACUCGUAUUUUUUUCCUGACAUGGUUGUUCGUUCGGUGUAGCGACGCGAGCUAUAGCUUCUCGGGGAUAGUGUGUGUUGCGGAGCUUCAAAAGAAAAAGCGUGUGUUUGAGCGAGUGCGUGUGUACAUAUGUAAAUAUGACUACAUUUUUUUUGGCUGAGUGUGCAGAACGAUGUUAACUAAAAUAAAAGCAGAAGUUUAUACAUUA